GCGGUCACACUGUUCGCAUAGCGUCAUUGCUGUACUAAAACCUAAAAAUCUGCCGUGUUCGUAUUCCGCCAUUUUGAAAGCUGCGAGUGGAAUUUGGACGCGUUGCUGGAUUCUCGAUUUCAAUAUGAAGCGCCAAAAAUGAUUGCAGCGUUUGCAUCGUAGUCUUGAAAAGGUUUUUUUCAUUGAUUUAAUUAGAGCCACUGAAAGCGGUUGGCCAGCCAGAAAAACGAUAAAAGGGAUUCCAUACCAGCCUGCGCCCAGCGCCCCCCGAAACGAGGUAGUAGUCACUGACAGAAAAAUCAAAAGAAAACCACAGCCGGAAAAGGGCAAAAGUUUUAUUAUUACGACGACGACGACGAAGAGCAGAGGACAGCAGCAGACAGAUUGAAAACAGCGAAAUGGACAAAAAUCUGAUGAUGCCGAAGCGUUCGCGCAUCGAUGUCAAGGGCAGCUUUGCCAACGGACCGCUGCAAGCACGCCCACUGGUGGCCCUGCUCGAUGGACGCGACUGCUCCAUCGAGAUGCCCAUCCUUAAGGAUGUGGCCACGGUGGCCUUUUGCGAUGCACAGAGCACCUCCGAAAUACACGAGAAGGUCCUCAACGAGGCAGUGGGAGCACUGAUGUGGCACACCAUCAUCUUGACAAAGGAGGAUCUUGAGAAGUUCAAAGCUUUACGCAUUAUCGUGCGCAUCGGCAGCGGCACAGACAACAUCGAUGUGAAGGCGGCGGGCGAACUGGGCAUCGCCGUGUGCAACGUUCCCGGCUACGGAGUCGAGGAGGUGGCGGACACGACGAUGUGCCUCAUCCUCAACCUCUACCGGCGAACAUACUGGCUAGCGAACAUGGUGCGCGAGGGCAAGAAGUUCACCGGACCGGAACAAGUGCGGGAGGCAGCGCAUGGCUGUGCACGCAUCCGCGGCGACACCUUGGGUCUGGUGGGACUGGGCCGCAUUGGAAGCGCCGUGGCCCUGCGGGCUAAGGCGUUCGGCUUCAACGUCAUCUUCUACGAUCCCUACCUGCCCGACGGCAUCGACAAGUCGCUGGGCCUAACUCGCGUCUACACGCUGCAGGACCUGCUUUUCCAGUCCGACUGCGUCUCACUGCAUUGCACGCUCAACGAGCACAACCAUCAUUUAAUCAAUGAAUUCACAAUUAAACAGAUGCGACCUGGUGCAUUUCUGGUGAACACCGCACGCGGCGGUCUGGUCGAUGACGAGACCCUGGCGUUGGCGCUGAAGCAGGGAAGGAUAAGAGCUGCCGCCCUGGACGUUCACGAAAACGAACCUUACAAUGGCGCACUGAAGGAUGCCCCAAAUCUGAUUUGCACACCGCACGCCGCCUUCUUCAGCGACGCGUCCGCAACGGAGCUGCGCGAAAUGGCAGCCACCGAGAUCCGCCGGGCGAUCGUCGGCAAUAUUCCAGACGUGCUGAGGAAUUGUGUCAACAAGGAGUACUUCAUGCGCACGCCGCCUGCCGCUGCCGCCGGGGGCGUGGCGGCGGCUGUUUAUCCCGAAGGUAAACUACAAAUGAUAUCAAAUCAAGAAAAGUAGAGAGACAGAGACAGGCGAGCGAGGGAGCGUUAUUACAAGUAAAACAAAACAAAAAAUCGAAACAAAACAAAAAAUAUGAGAAGAACAUAAGAAAUCAACCAACAAAAUCCAAGCAAAAAUACAAUACCAGAAAUCGUUAAAAAGAAAAACACACACAUACUUUACACACACACACACCAUACCAUAGCACACCCACACAAGCACACGCGCACACGCACACAGAUGUAGCAAGCAUCCAAACAUACUUCUAUUCUUUCUCUGACUCAUUCGAAAGUAUAUAUAUAUAGACGACGGGAGUGGAGCGCGCCAGAGAGAGUAUAUAACAUUUGAAGCACGAUUCAAGAACACACGCUAUAAGAGUUGAUAUAUAAGUUACACAGUUUAAGCUAUACAAAUAUAUAGAUCUAUAUAUAUGCACACAUAUAUAUAUAUUUAUAUAUGUAUAUAUAUAUAUAUACAUAGUGGCUAAGCGCUGCACCAAGAUCAGAAUGUUUGACGUCGAUGAGGAGGAUUAGAACGCAGCCGAUGUUGGCCAAAAGUUACGUUUAUCCAAUAUGUAUCUGUGUACGUAUAUGCAUUGUUUUGGCCCUUCAAGAACAGAGAACGCACUCAAAAGCCGUUCUGAGUAUCUUUAGAGUAUUUUCAUCGAGUUUCCAAACUCCAUCGCUAUCGAACUUUGUAAGAAUUCCUUUAAGUGAAGUUCAAGUAAGCUAGAUUUCUUCAGAUUAAUUCAAGACUCAGCGUUUACAUGUGGCCAAUUGUCUUCUCCUUAGUCUACAACAAUUACAUACGUGCAUAUAUAGUGACAUGGGGAAUAUACAGAUAAACGAAUAAGUUUCAAGAUAAUUUACACAUGAAAACAAGGUGAAAGUAAACAAUAUGAUGGAUUAUUGUUGUUGAAGUUUCGCGACCCAACUCCCUUCAUCCCUCACUCCCAAGUAUCCGGCUUUAACUUUAACCGAAACUAGAAACAAUCAGCGAAAAAGUAUGUAAAGUAAUUAAUUAUGUUCUGUGUAUUUAGCCAUGUAUUCAAUGUAUUUACAAAUUAAUAUUAUUACCGAAAAACCAAGCAAACGAUUCCAAUACGACUUACUCCCCACGUCAACACAUUUUGUAAGCUUAAGAAUAAAAUUGGUUACCUUAUUUUGCUCCAUUCAUUGCUGACUUUCAAUUGUUAAAUGGUUCGAAUAAGACGAAAAAAAACACAUCCCAGAGGACAGUGUUUAACUGAAACUAUUAUUCUGUUGCUCAAGCUCUGCUCUAAUUUACAAAAUGAUCUCAUCAUUCAAGUUUAUUUUCGCCUUACGUACAUUCUUGUGUUUUCGAUUGGCUACAACAAACAGGCAAACAGCAAGGAAGUUAAUACCUAAAGCAUAUAUAUAUAUAUGAAGUAAAAGUAAAUAAAAUAGAUGACAACUCGGCUCGUUAAAUUCAACCACAUCUAUAAAUAGAAAGGAGAAAACUACAAUUAAAUUAACGCAUAGUCUAUGUACAUUUAAAAUAUAACAGAAAUUAUAUUAAAGCGAAACAGAAAGAACUACAAAAAUGCUAAAAAAGAAAGAAAACAAAAAAAGAUAAUACAUGUAAUAUUAAUGAACCUAGAUUUACCUUAACGAUAAAAGGCAGCUGAACCACGAUGAUAACAAGGAUAUAAUCGUCAGCGAGCGGCACAUUAAACAUUGUUAGCGUGUAAAUUGUAAUUUUAUUUAACGAGAAUAUAUAUUUACAUGUAAACGAAAGUGCGCAACAAUUGUAAGACUAUCAUUUUGUACAAUUUUGCAAUUUAAGUUUAAAACCGAGAAGCUUCAAACAGUUUGAAUUGACUCCUCCUCCUCCUCCUACUUCUCCGCCCUAUUUAUCUUCAAUCUAUCCGGUAACGCUCAAAAGAUAUAUACAAACCGAAAUCCAAUCCGAUUCCUUUUUACUUGUUUUUUCUUCUUUUGGUUUUUAUGUUUCUUUCGUAUCGGUUUUUAAGGACAAACAUUUUUGUAAUAUUUCAAACAUUUACCAGCACAAAGCAUACACGCAUACACACAAAACAUAGACACAGAUGCAGAUACAGAGCAGUUGCAGAUACAGAUACAGAUACUCACACAUCAAACACACACCCACGCACACACGCGAUCCUAUAUAGCAAGCUGCAACAACAAAUGAGCAAAGUAAAGCAUAAAUAAGCAUAAGCGUAAAAAUAAAAGAUUAAACGUAAAAGUAAUGAGACAAAAGAAUAAAAUACUGUUAUUUUGUAAUGUAUAAAAGGAUAUUUUUAAUAACUGUGAAAGCUAAAUAAAAUUAAAAGCGUAACAAUUGA